AUAUUGAUAAUAAAAUUAUGUAUGUAUAAAUUACCAUUUGUCUUAUUAUGCAAGUAUUGCCAUGGUAACUAAAUGCCAUAAUGAUCAAACAUAUGUUUUGUGGCUUUGUGUAAUGUGCUUGUGAGCUGUGGUCAAAUAUUCCAGUGUGUUAUCAAGAUGAAGGUAACCUUUUGCACUGAUUUGGAUAAGAGCGUGGUGGUGACGAACUGCGAGAAACGAGGUUGGGUGCAGGUGGGUCCUGAAGAUGAUUGGAACAUAUAUUGGGCAGGCACCUUGACCUGCAAGAGUCUGUUCAGUGUGGACAGUGGCUACAGAAUGAGUGAUGCUCAGAUAAUAAAUCACUUUCCAAAUCAUUAUGAGAUUUCUCGUAAAGAUUUGUUGGUGAAGAAUAUUAAGAGGUAUCGCAGGGAGUUGGAAAAGGAAGGCAACGUCAUCGCCGAGAAGGGUGAUUCCAAGUAUUUGCAUCUAGAUUUUAUACCGGUGACGUUUGUGCUUCCUGCGGAUUACAACAUGUUCGUGGAGGAGUAUAGGAAGUCGCCGCAGAGCACUUGGAUAAUGAAACCGUGCGGAAGAUCUCAGGGCUCCGGGAUUUUCCUGAUCAACAAACUGUCCAAAUUGAAGAAGUGGUCCAGAGACACCAAGCAUAUCUUCCAACCACAACUCGCUAAAGAAUCUUACGUGAUUUCCAGGUAUAUUGAUAACCCGCUUUUGAUUGGUGGCAAGAAAUUCGAUAUGAGGCUGUACGUGCUCGUAACUUCGUUCCGUCCAUUGAAGGCGUACCAAUUCAAACACGGCUUUUGUCGAUUCUGCACGGUGAAGUACGAUUCGAGUGUGGCUGAAUUGGAUAACAUGUACGUUCAUCUAACGAACGUUUCAGUGCAGAAACAUGGGGGUGAAUAUAAUUCGAUACACGGCGGUAAAUUGAGCGUUCAGAAUUUGCGGUUGCAUUUGGAAAGCACUAGAGGCAAAGAGGUGACGGAGAAGCUGUUCGAUCAGAUCAGCUGGUUGAUAAUUCACUCGCUGAAGGCCGUGCAACCGGUAAUUGCAUCCGACAGGCAUUGCUUCGAGUGCUACGGUUACGACAUCAUCAUUGAUAAUAAGUUGAAACCGUGGCUGAUCGAGGUGAACGCCUCUCCAUCGCUGACUUCUACCACUGCAAACGAUAGGAUUUUGAAGUAUAAACUGUUGGACAACAUAUUCUCCAUCAUAGUCCCACCUAGCGGAUUCCCCGACACAAGAUGGAACAAGAUACCUACGAAAGAAGCAAUGAAGGAUUUUGAGUUACUUAUCGAUGAGGAAAUCAUACAAAACGAGGAUCCGGAAACUUCCGAAAAGUACGGCGCAAAAUACUCGAGCAUGUACAGGUGGAGAUGAAGGCCAUUAUUGCAUCAUUUAGAUUAGAGUCUUGGAAAUAAGUGCUAUUAGAGGGCUUGGGAAUAAAUGCUUAUCAAAAUAUUAGAAAUUUAUCUAUUAUUUGAAUUUACAACGUUUGAGAAACACUGUUUUUAACUUACCUAAACACAAAUUUUGUACUGGAACACCGUGAAUGAAAAUAAA